CUCGCCGACCUUUCGCGUGUUUACGACUAUGGUCAACCACGUAACUACUACACAUACGCGACCAGCUGUGCGUGUUGUUGGGCAAUAGUGAAGGUGACAGUGUUUGCUCGUGACUUGGCCCGCUAUCAGGCAUGGCGCUCUGCGACAAAUGGGUCGCUCUUAAAAUUACGGAAUUCCUGGUGUGCGUGGCGUGUCUCGUGGCGAAGCGCGUGUCGCAGGAUGACGAAGCCCGGUUGUCGCUGCUGCUGCAGAAGUUCUCCCGAGAGUGGUCGCUGCUUACCUCUGUCACCUGGGACUCCGUGGGCGGCGCCUUUGCCGAUGCUGUCUAUGGAGGUUACGUGAUAAUCACCUUCGGGCUGAUUCUGGCCAGAGUGUUCCAAGAGGUGCCCAAAGGACGCAGGAUACUGGAAAGCUUCUUCCUUGGCUUAGGAAUGCUUUUCUUCCUUAUUUUGGGUGGUCUAGAGCUGGCCUCCCUAGACUCGGUGCCUAGAAAUCUGGUAGUCAACGCUUCCGUCUUGGGGUCCCUGUCGCUGGUUGUCGCAGCACUGUUCCUCAUUGACUUGAUGGGUCCACGGACUUAUUACGCCACACAUCACUCCCAGACCGACUUGGGGACCAUUGCAGCGACCAUAUCAUCCCCCAAGCCUGAGAAGAAAGUGUCCAUAGCAACUUCUCCACAGAUCUUCACUAGUGGCAAAGAUGUUACGGACGAGAAGUUGGCCAGUACUGGCUCAUUAGCCGUUAUCGGACGUUCUGUCAAUGGACAUUUACCAACUGAUAAAAUAGUCGCCGUUGACAAGAAGGCACCAGAAAGACCAAAAGAUCUCGACUUAGAGAAAGGUAAAGUCGAAAAGGCAAAGAAAGAAGAAUCGUCCCUUUUUGAUCAACCAAAACACUGUUAUACAAAGUUUGACGAUGACAUUCUCGAAACAGAACUAGAGAGGUCCAAAUUCGGAUCUCUGCGAAACGAAAUCGAGGGCGGCAAUUACAUACGACUAUCAGAUCCGUUAUCGGAGCUACAUUACGAACAAGAAUUAUCUAAAUUCAACGAGUGGUAUUACAAGCAAUAUUUAGAAUCCCCUGAAGGGAAAUAUUUAGUUAAGGAGAAAUACUUGCCAGAAUUACAGAGUCCAGUCUUUUCCAAAGUGAAGACUGGUCGAUUGACGGGUUUGUAUGAUGACUUGUCACCGAGUUACGAAGAUAAGAUACGACAGAAAUCGCCGUCGAGGGCGAAGCUCAUUCCGACGCCGACGUUGCAACAGUUGGAGGAUUAUUUGAAAAAUUCCAAUAAGACGAAGAGAGGUGACACUCCUGCUUUGUUCCCUAUGGAACCUAUCGAGGAGAAAGAGAAAGAAGGUACCGAUGCUGAUGGCAGGGCAUCAGGGACGCCAACAGAUCGUGGUUAUGUCCAGUAUGCGGCAGAAAAAUGGCCUGACAAGAAAAACUUACGGACGCCGCGACACAGUCCCACUUAGUAACCACCCAAAGACACUAAAAGUACAAUUGACGUGCUCUGGACAGAUCCACUGUGUGAAUGUGAUCGUGUGAAUCAUGUGAUUAUACUAGCCAUUUAAUUAUAUAAGAAUUA